AUGAAAGUUUUGAAUUGCUUAAAUAAAAGGAUAAGUAAUAAACAUAUUUAUACUAAUGUAAUACUUACAAAAAAUAAAAUAAAUAUUUUCUAUAAUUUCAGUACUAUUAUUAAAAAUAAUACUAAUACUAAUGAAAAUGGUAGUGUAAUAAAUGAAAGAGAAUACUGUGCACAUUCAUUGUACAAUAGUAGUCUAUAUAAUGACUCAGGUGUAAAUAAAAACAAUUGUUUUAGAAAUAAUUACAGAAAAAAUUUGUUAAUAUUUAAUAAAUUCUUUUCUACAAAUAAAAAAUUAAAUAUCAUAAAUCCCAAGAAAAUAAGAAAUGUUGCAAUAAUUGCUCAUGUUGAUCAUGGUAAAACAACUCUUGUAGACAAAUUAUUAAAACAGGGAGGAGAAAUAGCAAAUAAUGAAAGAGUGAUGGAUCAUAAUGAUUUAGAAAAGGAAAGAGGUAUUACAAUUAUGUCAAAAGUUACAAGGAUCAAAUAUGAUGAUUACUUUUUUAAUAUUGUUGAUACUCCUGGUCAUUCAGAUUUUGGUGGAGAGGUAGAAAGAGUAUUGAGCUUAAUUGAUGGUGUAUGCUUAAUUAUAGAUGUUGUAGAAGGUCCUAAAAAUCAAACAAAGUUUGUAUUAAAAAAAUCUCUUUUAAAUCCAAAAUGUAAAAUUAUUGUUAUUAUGAACAAAUUUGAUAAACCAAGUAAUAUCAAAAAAAAAGAAGAAAUUGAAAAUGAAAUAUUUGAUUUAUUUGCUGAUUUAAAUGCACCUGAUGAAUUAAUGAAUUAUCCAAUUUUAUAUGCAUCAGCUAAAAAUGGUUGGUGUACGGAUAACUAUGAUGAUGCAAAACUAAAUAAAUGUGAAAAAAAUGAUGUUUUAGUUAUAUUUAAGAAAAUUAUAGAAUAUUUCGAUUCUCCUAUUUCCUCAUCUAAUAUUAACAUUUGCAAUGUAGAUAACAAUAAAGGAAAUGUAAAUAUAUCUAGAAAUGACACAUGUAAUGAAAGUAAUAACAGUGUAAUUAGUAAUACGGAUAACAAUAAUGAUAAUGUAAAACUUAUGGAUGACAAAGAUAUAGAAAACAAAAUUAUAAAUGAACCUUUCAGUAUGUUAAUUAGUCUAAUAGAUCAUCAGGAGGGAGUAGGAGUUACAGUCACUGGAAAAAUAUAUAGUGGUGUUAUAAAAAAGGGAGACAGUAUUAUUGUGAAAAAUGAAGAAAAUAAAUUAAGAGGAAAUUGUAUAAUAAAAAACAUAUUUUAUAUGAAAGGUAGAAAAAUAGAAAACACUAAUGUAGCUAGUGCUGGGGAUAUUGUAAAUUUAUCUUUUUCUAAAGGAAUAAUUCCAUCAGUUAAUGACACUUUAGUAUCUGAUGAAAAAGUUCAAAGUUUAAAAGCUAGACCAAUUGAUCCCCCUGUUUUAUGUUUAAAAAUAUCACAAAAUACAAGCCCAUUAACAGGAAAAGAUGGUAAACAUAUAACUUUGUCAUCUAUAGGAAAUAGACUAAAAAAAGAAGCUGCUAUUAAUGUUGCUAUAGAAAUUAAUGAAUCUGAAAAGAAAGACAGUUAUGAAGUAAAAGGGAGAGGAGAAUUACAAUUAGGUAUACUAAUUGAAAAAUUAAGAAGAGAAGGAUAUGAAAUGACUAUAUCUUCACCAAAUGUUAUAUAUAAAAAAGAUGAAAAUGGAAACUUAUUAGAACCUAUUGAGGAAUUUCAUAUAACUAUACCAUCUUCUAUGAGUUCAAAUGUUAUUGAAAAAUUAAAUACAAGAAAAGCUGAAAUUUUAGAUAUAGUAAAUGAUAAUGAUAAUACCUUUAUUAAAUGUGUAUGUCCAUCAAGAAAUUUUUUUGGUAUGAGAUCUUAUUUGCGUGAUAUUAGUAAAGGUACAUCAAUUAUUAAUUCUGAGUUAAAAGAAUAUAAAAAAAAACAAGCUUCUUAUAAAAGUGAUAGAAAUGGUGUUAUUAUAUCUUCAUCAAAUGGAAUCACAACUUCUUUCUCAUUAGAUCCUAUUCAAUUAAAAGGAAAUUUAUUUGUAAAUGAAAACUUUCCAACCUAUGAAGGAAUGAUAAUUGGUGAACAUUUUUUGAAUAAUGACAUUGAGAUGAAUGCUGUUAAAGUAAAACCAGUACAACAUUUAAGAAAUAAAGGACAUGAAGAAACUAUUAGAAUAAACUACAGAAAUGUAAGUAUUGAAUACGCUCUCUCAUUUAUUCAAGACGAUGAAGAAAUUGAGGUUACACCGAAAAGGAUAGUUAUGAGAAAGAAAAUUUUAAAUACUGAAUUAAGAAAAACAGCAAAUAGAAAAUCUAAAAAUUUUUAA